CAAAGGCACUGAUACUGAUACAUACCAACAUUCCAUAAACUAACACUCACACAGGUCCAUAGUGUGACUCAAAUUCUCCACUGCAAUACCCGAUACAGAACUUCAACAGUAGGCUGGUGACAGGCACAAACCAGCAAAAAAAUUAAGAUCAGACAAAAUCCAAAUAGUCAAGAUCAGAGAUACUCUAGGCAGUUUCUCGGAUUUGUGCUCCAAUCACUCCAAGAUACGCAGAACUUUCGGUUUUUGGCUCUCAACCACUUCCAAGCUCUUACCUGAGCUAACUCCCACACUCUCUCUGCAUCUUUCACCCCUUCUUUAAAUAUAACAUUGUUUCUACACUGCCAAAUAGACCAUAAGACUGCCACCGAUCUUAAAAAAUAAUACAUCCAUCUAAAAGACAUCCAAUUUUUCCCUCCAUCACUCUCUUUCUUAAAUGUCUGCAUCUCUACAAAUCAUUUUCUUUCUUAAAAAGAAUGAACAAUAAUUUAGUUCAGGGUUAGGUGAAUUCAAAUCUUCCUCACAACCAUAUCUAACUAGUUUCUCGCAUGGCUCCAAUUUUCUUUUAUGUUCAUGCUUUUUUUUUAACAGAAGCAUUGAGUAUUUGACUUAGGCAUCGGUGAGUGUUUCUAAAAUAGGAAAGGAAGAUGGAUCCAACUUUUUAUGGGGACAGCGAUUUCACAAACGGAUACCAGUUUUGUGAAGAAGGGAACAUAUUUGUCUCGGAUCCAAAUCCAUAUGCAGCAUACUGGGAUGUGUAUCAUCAACAUGUUGACCCUCUUGGUUUUGCAGCAAAUACAAGCUCUGUAGAAGAAGGUUCUGUGACAUCCAUGUCCAUGAACUCGGUGACAGAUCCUUCUCUAGAAGACACUGACUUCUCAGAAACCACCAAGUUCAUAAGCCAAAUCCUGAUGGAAGAGAACCUUGAACAGGGUCCAUUUUAUGACUCCUUGAGCCUGCAACUCACAGAGAAAUCAUUCCAUGAUGCUCUCAUAGAAAACAACUCAUCUCUAUCGCCCAAUCAACACCACUUCAAUGUUCGAAGCCCUUACUGUGAAACAACUAGCAGUGACAGUGACAACAGCAGCAAUUUACACUACAAUUCUGGUGAGUUGAAUUCCCCUCCUCUGGAUACCCCUGUUGCUGUUAUUGGUAAUCAUGCUUUUCAACUUAAUUCUCAUGGACUGCUAGAUUUGGAUUCUUCUGUUACCAAACCAUUGGCGCAAAAUAUUUUCAGUGAUGCAGAUUCUGUCUCCCAAUUCAGGAGAGGGUUAGAGGAAGCUACCAAGUUUCUUCAUCCUCCAGAACCCCUGAUUGAGACCGGUCUAGAUUCAAGGGGAGAAUCAUCCAAUAUAGUUGAGGAGAAUUCUUUUGGGUUAAAGGGUCGUAGAAAGAGCCGUGAGCGUGAAGAAAGUGAUUCUAAUGAAGAAGGGAGAAGUACCAAGCAAUCAGCAGUUGGUGUUGUUGAUGAGGAUGACUUAUCUGAUAUGUUUGAACGAGUGCUGAUUAAUAUGGAACAAUUACCACUUGGUAACGAACACGAUUCCAUAGAGAGUGGCUUAGCAAAAGAGAAACAGCAAGGUGAAAAGCCACCUUCAUCUGAUGGAAGGAAGGCUCAUCCAAAUAAACAAGGCAGGAAGAAGGAAACGGUGGACGUGAGGGCUCUUCUGCUUCUUUGUGCACAAGCUAUUCAUACCAAUGAUAACAGGGCUGCUAAUGAACUUCUAAAGCAGAUAAGACAGCAUUCUUCUCCCUUUGGUGAUGGGUCACAAAGAUUGGCUCAUUACUUUGCGAAUGGCCUUGAGGCACGCUUGGUUGGGGAUGUUACCGGUGCACAAUUAUUUUAUUCUACUCCAACUCCAACCCACAAGACAACCUCUGCUGAUGAUUUCUUCGAAGGUUUCCAAGUUUAUCUAUCUCAUAACCCGCACAAAAGGUUUGCACAUUUCUAUGUUAACAAAAUGAUUAAGAAAGCAUCUGCAAAAGCAGAAACUCUUCAUAUUAUUGAUUUUGGAAUCUCAUAUGGCUUCCAGUGGCCAUUACUCAUCAAGUUUUUAUCAGAAAGAGAUGGAGGACCUCCCAAGCUGAGGAUCACAGGGAUAGAGUUCCCUUUACCUGGCUUUCGCCCCACACAAAAAAUUGAGGAGACUGGUCGUCGUUUGGCUAACUAUUGCAAGCGUUUCAAUGUUCCCUUUGAGUACACUGCCAUAGCAUCACGGAACUGGGAAACCAUUCGAGUUGAAGACCUUAGAAUUAAGAGCCAUGAGUUUGUUGCUGUCAACUCCAUGAUGAGGUUCAAGAAUUUGCUGGAUGAGACUAUUGAAAUGAACAGUCCCAGAGAUGCUGUUCUGCUUUUGAUCAGGAAGAUAAAUCCAGAUGUUUUUGCUCAGUCCAUCAUUAAUGGAUCUUUCAGUACCCCUUUUUUUGCCACACGGUUUAGGGAGGCCUUGUUCCAUUUUUCUGCUGUUUUUGACAUGCUUGACACUGUCAUAUCCCGGGAAAACCAAUGGAGGGUGAUAGAUGAGAGGGAGGUUGUGGGUCGUAGCUCUAUGAAUGUGAUAGCAUGUGAAGGUUUGGAGAGGAUUGAGAGGCCUGAGACAUACAAACAGUGGCAGGUUAGGAACACAAGGGCUGGUUUCAAGCAGCUUCCUCUGAACCAGAAAUUGAUGGCCAAGUUUAGGAGCAAGUUAAUGAAAUGGCACCCUGAUGAUUUUGUGAUUGAUGAAGACAGCAAUUGGAUGCUUCAAAGUUGGAAAGGACGCAUUUUGAAUUGUUCUACCAUCUGGGUGCCUGCAUAAUGAACUUAUCACACACUUGAAUGUCAGAAACUCAUCGGACUCUCAACCCUCUGCAGAAGCCCAAUGACGCCGUAGUGCAGCUUUAGUGGCGCUUUGCUUCGAAAACACAAACAACCAUAGCUUCAUCAACAACAGCAAGCACAGGGCGUAAUCAUGGUUGAACAGAGACACAGUAACAGCUGCAAGAUCUGCAUUAAAUAAUAUUAUGUAGCUAUUUUUGGCUUAUAUCAUUAUCUCAUGUUUUAGAUUGAACCAGUUCACAUACCCAGCUAGUUUUUUUUAACAA